ACACAGUAUCUCCACUCCUAAUGCAAUCAAGACACUUCCGGUGCCAUUCUUCCGAAUGUUAUUUAUUAUAUAUCAUUUGACUCGAAUAUUCAUUAAAUAAAAAAUAAAUACUAUACGUUACUAUUUUAGUAUUAAAAAAAGCGCAAGAAAUAUUUGAGAUUUUUGUGAAUGCAGUGGUAGAUGUUGACCGUCUCGUUAAUAUAAAGAAUUGAAAAUUCUAACCUGAAAUUUUAAAAUAAGAAUCAGAAAAAAAAUGUGCACAUGUGUUAAUUGAAAAUCUGUACCAAAUAUUUCUAAUAUGAACAUCAGCGCAUCAAAUUAUACAAAAACUUCUACAAAGGGCAAUCAAGAAUCAAAUAUGUUAUCAAAGAAACAAAAACUAAGUUCAUAUGAUCCUAAGGAAGAAGCUAGAUUGGAACAGAUUGUUUUUGGAGAUGUAAGUGAUGUCAUAAGUAAUUUACCACAUGACAAUCAUAUUGAAAAAGCAAAUAAAAGCACGACUAUACAUUUGGAUGAUGCGGAUGAUGCUGAUGAUGUAGAAGUUAAAGAUGAGAUACUUUCUACGAAUUCUGACGAAAAUAGUGAUGAGGAUGAAAAAAAAGAGGAAAAAAAAGAGGAAAAAAAAAGAGUUUGGGUGGAUGAAGAUGAUGCAAAAUAUACUGUAAAAAUGGCAUUUAAUAUUAAACAACUCAAGAUUCCCAACACAAGACCUGAGAAAUUUUAUACGGAAUUCUUGGAGAAUAAGUACAAAAAGCUUGUAGGUACUCCGAAAUGGGCAGAAUUUAAUAGAGUACCAGAUAAUUUUGAUGAUAUAGAUUAUGAUAUCUUGAAGCAUAGCUCUCACUUAGAAGCACCACAAUUGAAGAGCUUGCCAAAAGACAAUAUCGAUAUUAAAGCCAUGAAACCAAUAAAUCAAAAGACAUUUAAUGAAGGUCCUAUAGUAUCAAGUUUGGAAUUUCAUCCAACCUCUACAUUAGCUCUUGUUGCUGGUUCAGCUGGAAUUUUGUCUCUUUUUCAGAUUGAUGGUAUAGAAAACAAUAAAUUGUACAGUACUCAGUACAAACAUUUUCCAAUUAGUAAAGCAAAAUUUCUCAAAGAAGGAACUGAAGUUAUAUUAGGAUCUCAGUUUUACUCAUAUUGCCAUUCUUAUAAUUUAAUUAGUGGAAAAACUUAUAAAAUACCAUUACCAAGUCUUAUUACUAACAUGAAGAGAUAUGAAGUAUCUCCUGAUGGACGAUUGAUAGCACUGUGUGGAAGAUCAGGUGAAAUUUAUUUAUUAACGAGUUCUUCUAAAGAACUUAUCGGCACCCUAAAGAUGAAUACGAAAUGCCGAACAGUUUCAUUUACUCCUGAUAGUAAAAGACUCGUAUCACAUGGAGAUGGUCAUGAAAUGUAUAUUUGGGAUAUAAACAGUCGAACUUGUAUACAUCGUGCAGUAGAUGAUGGAUGCUUGUCUUGUGCAGUAACUGCAAUAUCUCCGAAUGGUCAAUUUUUAGCUACUGGAAGUAGGGAAGGAAUUGUUAAUUUAUAUGACGUAAAUAGAUUACUUCAAGAAAAAUUUCCAGUUCCUCUUAAAGCAAUUUGCAAUCUUGUUACUCCUAUUUCUGCAUUGAAAUUCAACCCUACAUCAGAGAUAUUAGCCAUGGCUUCUGAUCAAAAAGCAAAUGCUUUUAGAAUGUUACAUUUGCCGUCAUUAAAUGUAUUUUUUAAUUUUCCCACAUUUCAAACAACAAUAUCAAUGCCCUCUGAUAUUGAUUUUUCUCCUAACAGCGGUUACUUAGGUAUAUCAAAUUUGUCAUACAAAGCAUUUUUAUACAGAUUGAAACAUUAUGGAAAUUAUUAAGUAUUAUUUUGUUGUAAAAAUUGUCUAAGUAUACAGUCGAUAUAAACUUAUAAUAUAUAAAUCUUAUAAAGAUAUCUUAUAAGAAAUUUUUACAAACAUUCAAAUCUUAUCCUUUAUACUUUGUAUUUCAUGAUCAUAUGUACAUAUCAUAGUUGUAUGUAUUUUUUUUUUUUUAUAAUAUAAUUAUAUACUAAACUGAAAUUCUUCUAUCAUUAUAUAUAAAUAAAGAUUCGAAAUAAGUUAUCCUUUUUUUAUUGUGAAAUUAAAAAAUUUAGGAUAUGAACUUUUAAUUAAAAAUAAAUAUGUGUUUGAGUCAGUAAAUAACAUCAUAAUUUUGUCAAUUUUAUUUUUAGUAUGUAAGAAAAAUGACAGAGAAUAGUAUUUUUUUCUGUACUCUGCCUAUUCAUGAAUCUUCAAGCCACAAAGAAAUAAAUUUUGAAAAUAAUAAUAAAUGCAGCUUGAAAAUAUUGUUAUAGCUACUCACGACACAUUAUUUGUAAAAAAUAGAUGUGUACUCUUUAGAAGUACACAUUUUAUUUUUACAGAAAAACAUGAUUAAGUUUUAUUUACAAAUUAAAAGUGUUUGUAGAAAUCUCUAGAAUACAUUAAGCUAUAUUAUAUACAUAUUAUUGAUAUUUAAAAUAAAGAAAAUGUGUUUUUGUAUGAAACUUAAAAAAA